AAAGAGAGCAAGAGAACUUUAUACUUUUCUCUCGAGCUUUCUUGUGACAAACAAAAAAAAACAAAAAGCUUUCUCUUUCUCGAACUCAACUACUUUCUCCUUCUGUCUGUGUUUCUUAAGUAACAGACAGAGAUGAGUUUAUGUUCAGAGAUCUCUCAACUUCAUGUUCCUCAUUGGAACAGUGCAUACUCUGUUUUCAAUGAUGAUAACGACAAAGACUCUGUUCUACUCUUCCCUGAGCUUCUUUUUUCUCCAUUGAACAAGGCUCUUGUGAUCACAACCUCUGAUUCGUGGGACGUUGUCUCCGUCGGAGAAUACAAAGUCAAAGCUAGUCUCUCCUCCACUCUUCAAAGCAUUUUCGACAAGUAUGGAGACAUCACAUCGAAUUCCAAGCUCCAAUCACUCUCCACACGAACAUAUCACCUCGAGACACUAGCGGAGGUUGUUAUCGAACUCCAGUCAACGCCUCUACGUCGGUUAUCUGAAUCACGGGCCACUGAGAUUCUAGCAAUCGUUGAUGACAUAGAAACGGCAAAGAUCCGAGUAGGUUGGCUCCGGUCCGUUCUUGAGGAGGUUCUUGAAGCUACAAGGUAUUUUGACAGAUGCGAAAUGGCAGUUAUGGAGAAAAAGGCCGGCGAGCACCGUUUAUUGCUUGCAAAGCAAGAAAUGGAACUGAGUUUGAAGAAGCUUGCAGAGAAAGAGAAGGAGAUGAAAGAGUUUAGGGAGAAAUUAAUGAAGACAACAGGGAAAUUGGGUUCGCUGGAGAUGAAACGGACGUGCCUUGAUAAGAGAUUAGUGUUUCUGAGAUCUAAAGUCGAGAAGUUUCAAGGUCAAUCUGUUUUUCAGGACAUUUUGUGAAGAAGUUUUUGUAUUUCUUAAUAGUCUUUUGCGUUUAGAUUUUUUUUUGUAUAGAGAGAACUCGUCUUUAUUCGUUGAAUGAAAAAACAGAUUCUUUUUCA